AUGCUGCUACAGCCAGUGAUAGGUCUCUUAUGCUAUUCGGAUUUUGUUGAGCAGCAGUAUCAGGAGUGUGAUUCGGAUUACUGUUAUCUGAUGGAGGAAUUUCCGGUUGGAAAUCCCACCUAUAUUCUGAAUCGGAUGAGAAGCUGUCAGCGAGGAGACCUUUGUUUGCAAGUGAUUGGAAGAAUGACGAAUACUAAGUUAACGGCGAAACAUGGUUCAGUGCAUAAAUGCACGACAUUCGCAACAAUUGGCAAUAGAACUCAUAUCGAUUUCUGCUGCUGCAACUUCGACUGGUGCAACAGGGUACGAACGGAUGAGCAGCCGGUACUGCUGGAGGCCAAGGAAAAUAAAGGAACGGGCGAGGGAGAGAUGAAAGUGGUUGUGGAAAUAAGCUUGGCAGCAUUGGAGCAGAAAAAGAUAAUCAGGCUCUCUCAGUAUUAA